CGCCGGAGCCAGGGGUAAAGGGAGCAUGCAGAGCACCCCUGACGAAGACACCGGGUCCAAGUCCGGAGCUCCUUGUCGCAUCCCCCUUCCCACCCUUGCUCCCUCCUCAACCACAAUUGAUGAUGGCGAAAAUCCUACACCUAUGGGCAAUCUCCAAGGACUUUAUUCUAAUCAAUGCAUAGAGUUGUCCCAGAAAACCAAUCCUUACAUAUUGCAUAUACUCAAAGAAGUGGAUGAAGAAAUUAAAAAGGGCCUGGAAGGAAUCAUAUUAAACAUUGCUGGUAACAAUCGCUUAAUACCAGUAGAAAGAGUAACAGGUGAAGAUUUUUGGAUUCUUUCUAGAAUUUUAAAGAAGAACCCAUGUAUUACUGGCUUGGAUGCUAGAUAUAACGUGAUAAGUGAUGUUGGUGCAUUCUAUGCUGCAAAACUCCUUCAGAAACAAACUAAUCUCACUUACUUAAACCUUAUGUUUAAUGAUAUUGGACCUGAAGGUGGAGAACUGAUUGCUAAAGCACUACAUAAGAAUGAAACUCUGAAAUAUCUCAGAAUGACGGGAAACAAGAUUGAAAAUAAUGGAGGAAUGUUUUUUGCUUCGAUGCUACAAAUUAACUCAUCCUUAGAGAAAUUAGAUCUGGGUGACUGUGACCUGGGAAUGCAAAGUGUGAUAGCAUUUGCUACUGUUCUAACCCAAAACCAAACAAUUAUGGGAAUAAACCUAAACCGGCCUAUACUGUAUGGUGAACAGGAAGAGUCUACAUUUCAUCUCAGCCACAUGUUGAAAGAAAAUCAAUACCUUGUUGAGCUACACAUGUGUAAGCACAGUAUUAAAAACUGUGGUAUGAAACAGCUAUGUGACGCACUGUAUCUGAACAGCAGUCUACGUUACCUUGAUGUCAGCUGCAAUAAAAUAACUCGAGAUGGAAUGGUGUUUUUGGCUGAUGUACUGAAAAGCAAUACUACUCUGGAAGUAAUAGAUCUUUCUUUCAACAGAAUAGAAAAUGCAGGAGCAAACUAUCUCAGUGAAACGCUCACAUCACACAACAGGAGUCUUAAAGCGUUGUCAGUUGUCAGCAACAGCAUAGAAGGAGAAGGGCUUGUUGCACUUUCACAGUCGAUGAAAACAAAUCCCAUAUUCUCUCAUAUUUAUAUUUGGGGAAACAAGUUUGAUGAGGCUACAUGUGUGGCGUAUUCAGACUUAAUUGCAAUGGGCCAUCUAAAACCAGACAAUACAGAUGUGGAGCCAUAUGUGGUAGAUGGACAUGUGUAUCUUGCAGAAGUAUCUAAUGGUCUUAAAAAACACUACUACUGGACACCACCUUAUGGAACACCCUGUAGCCACUCAUCUAAUAAUGCAGGUUUCACUCUUGUACCAGUAGGUGAACAUCUGUGAAAAACAUCUUGGAGAGUUUUUGCAUAUUUGUAUAACCACUUUCAUAGACAUUAAUACAGUUUAUCACUUGUUAAGAUUUUUUUUCAUAAACUAAGACAAGUUACUCUUUUCAAAUGUGUACAAAAUAUGACUAUAUUAAACUUUAUAUAAUUGUUCACUGUGAAAACUGAGUAGUCUAAUUUUUAAAAGAAAUUUUAUAAAAUAGGCUAAAAUUUUAACCCUAAAGAAGUUAAGGAAUUAACUUCUUUUUAUAAUGAAACAAUAAUCAAGUAGUGAAACAGGAUACAAGGGUAUUAUAUGUAUCUUAACCUAAAGUUGUCAUGAUUUUAUAUAUCCAGUAUGACAAAUAGGAAUCGAUGCAAAUAAACAUAUAUAUACACACAUAUUCACAAACACAUAUAAACAAAUGUAUAUUUUCCAAACAAGUUCAGUACUGCUGGAAAAAUUUUUAAAAAUAGUUCCCUUUUGGAGAAGCCAGUAACAUUUUAAUGAUUUGAUGGAAAAUUAAUAGUCAUCAUGGCCAAUCUUGUUUUCAAAUUAAUUUUCCUAUGAAGCAGUAGUUGUUAUGGUCCUUUAAUUACAGGCCUAUAUUCACAAACAUUUUAUUCAUAUAUGUCAAGAAUGGUUUAUUACUGCUCAAGUCAGGCAAAGUGUGAAAAAAAAUACGUGGGCAAUUUAAAAAUUUUACUUUAAAUGAAGAUACAAGUCUAAAAUACCAUCUAUCUACAUUUUGGAAAGUGAGGACACAGAAUAAAGGUGGUGGUCAGCUGUAGAGUUGGUCAGCUGUAGAGUUGGUUAGCUGUAGAGUUGUCAAAGUACUGUAGCAAUUCUAAAAAAUUAACAUUACAGAAAGUUACAUCUGCCACUGUCCAUUAUUUUAUUAGAUUAAGCAAUUAAGACAAAUAACCCUCACUCACCAUUAUAUGAUUUAAAAAAGCUUAACAGAGUUUUCCUUAUAGUCAGCACAUACCUUUCCUUGCACCUUGGGUUGGGGAAGAGGGUGCACAGAUUGUUGUGGGAGAGCAUCUGAAAUAACUGUAUGAAGCUUUAUUUUCACUUUUAUAUAGGCAUUGAGCCAGCAAAGACCUAAGUGACUUACCAAUCCAUUUGCAUGCUCUCAGAGAUGAAUUUGAAUCACCCAGCACAGAUGGGUCUGUGCUGAAAAACAAAACCUUAAAACAGUUGGGAGUGGCGGAAAAAUACAAGGUUCACGCUAAUCAAAAUAUGUGAAAUGGAUUUCAAGGUUGUUUUUAGAUAAAUCUUGUUUAUAUGUAACUAAAAACUACUACAAUUUAUGAUGCAAGUUUAGAAAUAAUGACCUUCCAUUGAUGCAAAAAUGUUACUGAAAAAUUUGUUGUCAAUAAAUGUUUACGGUGGGGAAAAGGUUUAUAAGCGACAGAAUGCUACAUGGAACUUCAAGUACUCUGACAUUUAUAAGGGUUGAUUUUACCAGUUACUGAUUUUACUUAGUUUUUGUUUUUAUCAAAAUUUACUUGGUAAUGUUCUUCUCCAUGUUGCAAGUCUUAUUUUCUUUUUAAGAUCUUUCCUCUGCAAAUAUAAAUGACUUUUUUCUCUUUCUUACCAACAUCUUUUAAAUUAUUUCUUGAUGAAUGUAUCUAUAACUAAAUCUAUAUCUAAAAAGGUUAAACAUCCCAGGAAAGUUAAGUGUCUAUGUAUUGUUAGAAAUGCAAUAAAAAAAGAGUACUUCUUUUGUCUUUUAAUAAAGUUUUAGAAUAUCAAAUGAUGCAAUAGAACCAUGGUACAGAAAAAAAUGUUUUUAAACAGUUGUCAUUACAUUUGGAAAACAUUUAGCUGGUGAAGAAAUGCUACUCCUAGCAAUUGGUCUCAAUAAUCUAGACUUUUAUAACAAUGUGACAAAUGUCUUAUAUUUGCUACAAAUGCUAAAUCAGCUUUGUUUCAAGUGUGAAACAUGAGCCUCACCUGGGCAAAUGGUUAAAAAUAAAUCUUUUUAGAUUGAUACCUACUGAAUCAAAAUUUCUGAGAGUCUGGGGAAUUUGCAUCUUAAUAAUCCAGGUUGCUAAAAAAAAAUAAAAUAAUCCAGGUUGCUUAAUCUUAGUCUAUUAAAGAAUCAAUGCUUUUUCUUAAUCAAAUUACACUCACACACAUAACACACACUUAAGUGGAGAUGUAAGCAUUCAGAAAUACACAAAUCUGAAGUGGAUGAGAGGAAUAAACACAAGCUACCCACUGUAUGUGCUGUCUGUACAUGCCCCGGUAAAUGCCACAGUAGUUCCUCCAGUUCUCAUCCAAUACAACCUACUAUCCUGACCUCUACCAUCACCAAGUAAUGUUUGCCUAUUUUCACCUUUAAUACAAAAUUUUUGUUAUGACUUUUGUUCAACAUUAUAUGAUUCAUUUAAAGGAGUCCAUUCUUCCUUCAUUGCUUUCAAGUAUUGCACAAUAUGCAGAGUAGCAGAGGAGUCUCCAGGAUUCUGGGAAGAGCUUCAGGCCCUCAACCUAGUACACAGCCUCAUCAAGGUAAACCUUAGUAAUGUGGUUUGCUUUCCUAGCUUGUUCUUAUCCUGUGAAAAGAAACUGAGGGUUCCUAUAGUCUCCAAAAGAUUCAUAAGGGAGCUAAGGGAGAAGUCAAUAAGCUGACCUUGAGCUUCCAGUGAGAUGACAUAUGUUAAACCCACACCCUGACCUUUGCUGGAGUUUGAGCACAGCUGCAGAAGGGUCAGUUUUCUGUGCCCAAUACACUGAGGUGAGACCAGCUGAACCAAGAACUACUGGACUAUGGUGAGGAAAUACCUGAUCAUAUACUUUAUGAGUUGUUACCUUCUGCAUCAGAGGCCAGAGGAUGGGAGGCCUGAAGACAGAUUUCUACAAUUCCAUAUAAGCCCUCUGCUAUAUGUAUUUGGACACUUUUUUUUUUUAAGAAUACAAUGGGCAGAAACAAGCAAUUUUUCAAAAGUUUGAGCUUUACUUUGAGAUAAUAUAAUCUAGAGCCUCUUUAUAUUACAGGUCUUAAACUGGCUAAGAUUAAAGCUAACUUUUUCCAGACUUUUCACUGGGUAAUAGGAGACCCAAGAAAGAUGUUUUGUAGGAAAACUCCACCUCUUUUACAUUAUCUGAACAUAAAUGUCCUACUCUAUGUAUCUAGUUUCCAUUUUCCCCUUAAAAAUCAUUCCUUAAUAUCCAGCUCAGUUUCAUAUUAGCAGUUGCAGAUCACACUGCAUCAUUUUACAAUGUUUCAUAUUUGAAGGCAAAAAAAAAAUAGCUUAUACUUUUCAGAUAUUUGUCUGUCUUACAUAGUCUGCUUUUCACUAAACAACAUUAUAUUUUAGUAUCUACUAUCAUAUCCAUCUGGUUUCUACUGCUAUUCACAGCUGCCUUCUCAAAGGAUCAUUUCUUUUGGUCUUCAUGCAUUUCAACACUUCAACCUCAUCUUUUUUUCUUCAUCAUCUCCCAGGGCUGCUUUAAUCAUUUCUGUUAAUUACUAGCCUAACUUGCAAGGUCUCUAUCUCUAGUGCUUAAAAUUUACUGUUUCAGGCUCCAACUACUGCUAGACAUUUUGAUGUGAUUACCUUACACCAAAUUCAGUAUACCCACAAACCUCAACUUGUCACCUCUGUCACCAUGGCACCACCAUUUUCAUCACCAAGGAUGAAAACACUGGUGUCUAAGAUAUGGUCUAAUUGCAGACAACAAAAACUGACUGAAACCUGUCUAAGGGCGAUUUACAAUAAGGUGAAAAUCAGGUGGCACCCACAGACAACAAAAUGAAACAUACUAUGACAUCUCAAAAAUGGGAUUGCAAAACCCAAACUCAGGCCACUCCUGUUUCUCAUUAGGGUUUCAGUUGCUUGGCCUAUUAAACAGUUGCUUGGUCUAUUAAGACAGAUUUCUCCAAUGCCAGGAUGCCACAUAAGCCCUUUUAAACCUGCUUCAUACCCUUAGAUCUGUUAAGUCAGUGUUUACUGUUUAUUCAACAUUUCCUUCAGACUUUGGCUUUUUUCAUUGACUCUGGGCCUGUAGAAAGAUCUGCCUGAUUGGCUCAGUCUGUGCUGAAGAAGAAUUCUAUUUCUCUGUUAAAAUGUCUGGUUGCAAGAUCAUAAGUAUGGAAUCAUGUGUUACAAAUGUGUCUGUCUAAUCUGACUUCUCUAGCAUUCGACUGGGUGUGUGAGAUCUUGAGUUCUAAACCUGGCUCUCCAAGCCCACUCCUUUAGCACAGACUAAGGGCACAGGACCAUGGGCAUGGUCCUGUGGGCAUAAUCCUGGACAUAUCUUUGACUCCUAUCUUCUUCCCAUUUUGUCUUUUCAAAUCAGCCUAUCUCAGUCAGCUGUGUCUAAUAUCUCCUAUUAGCCAUCUCAUUUGCCUACCUAUGGGAACAAAGGCCCUUUCUCUAUCCAUUCAACAUCCCUUGACUGCUCCAAUGCAUCCCAUCAUGCCUUCCUGCAUGACAACGCUGAAAAUUCUGGCUUGUUUUAUUGCUAGUUAAAUUUAGGCCUUGUAGGCCCUCCCUGGUGGCGCAGCGGGUUAAAGCACAGCACUAAGAAGCUUAAGCCACUUCUGCAUG